AUGUCGGACGAAAUCAUUCCGAUCACAGAAUGGCCCGAUUACAGUGUCACCCCUCAGGGCGGUGACCCAAUUACUCAUGAUUUAAAUGCGCCAUACGACAAGGGUGACCUCUGCUGGAUUUUGGUUUGCACGAUCCUAUGUUGGCAAAUCACCCCCGCCAUCGGCUACCUUUAUGCCGGUAUGCAUCGUCGCAAGGCCGCCUUGACAAUGAUCUUCCAAUCUCUGUUUUGCGCCUGUGCAUGCGGUAUUCAAUUCUGGAUCUACGGAUACAGUCUCUACCAAUCGCAUACGACUAAUCCCAUGCUUGGAAAUCUGUCACUGGCAGGUCUACACAACGUCCUUGCUGCUCCGUCUCUGGCCAAUUCCGAUAUCCCUGAUAUUCUCUACGCUUGCUUCGGAUUCACUUUCGUCACUGCAACAGCCAUGAUCUUGGCUGGCGCAAUGCUCGAACGUGGCCGCCUGUUUCCGUCGAUGUUGUUCCUCCUCUGCUGGACCACCUUCGUAUACUAUAUUCUGGCAUACUUCGAAUGGAACCCUAAUGGCUGGCUAUAUCAACUAGGUGUCUACGAUUUCGCAGGCUCUGGUCCCGUCCAUAUCGCUAGUGGUUUCGCGGCGCUGGCGUGGAGUUUGAUGCUCGGACCUCGUCUGAGUGAACACGACAACGCAACUCGUCAAAAGAUCAUCCACCACAAGCCUCAUAACCCAUUUCUCGUGGGCCUGGGAACUUCUUUCAUCUGGAUGGGAUGGUUCGCUUUCAAUGGUGCCAGUACGGCGAACCUUUCCAUUCGCUCAAUCUACGUUGUGGUCAAUACCAAUCUUGCCGCUUGCGGAGGUGGCAUUGGCUGGACUCUGCUUGAAUACUUCUACACCAAGAAAUUCAGUAUCAUUGGGUUCUGUUCUGGCAUCAUUUCGGGCCUGGUUGGCAUUACACCCGCUGCUGGUUUUGUCCCCGUUUAUACCGCUGCACUAGUCGGCCUCCUGACCUCGACCUGCUGCUUCUUCACCAACAAAUACAAAUACCUGAUCAGCAUAGACGAAGGCCUCGACAUCUUCGCCAUCCACGGCGUAGGCGGUUUCGUCGGCGACAUCCUCACGGGCUUCUUCGCCGCAUCAUGGGUGCCAGCUCUCGACGGAGCCUCUGGCGCCGCUUACGCCGGCGGCUGGUGGGAUCACAACUGGAUCCAGAUGGGCUACCAGCUCGCGGCCGCGACCACUUGUGCGGCGUGGAGUUUCAUCGUCAGCUGUAUUCUCCUCUUCAUCAUCAAUCGCAUCCCCGGCUGCUAUCUGCGUGUCAAGGAGGAGGACGAGGUCAAGGGUCUGGAUUUCAAGUACUUGAACGACGUGCAUUGGGACGAUCUCAUGGAGCUGGGCAUGCCCGCUGGUCAGGUCAUUACUUCCCGGAGUGGGAUUCAUGAGGGUGUCCCCUUUACUGGCUCUGGCCCUGGAAGCGAGAGUGGAAGUGGCAAUGAUGGCCCUGCCGGCGUCAAGAAGGAGGGUGUUUCGGCGCCGAAAUUGGACUAG